AUGACAAAUCCAGGUUCUGUUGCUGAACUCGAAACAAUAGAAAAAAGAUUUAUGUAUGUUUUCAUAUCAUUAAAUGCUUCAAUUAAAGGUUGGGGUUUCUGCAAGCCUGUAAUGGUAGUGGACGGUACAUUCCUAAAAGUAGCGUAUGGAGGAACUCUUCUAACGGCAGCAACACAAGAUGCAGCCAACAAGAUUUUUCCUCCUGCAUUUUGUGUCGUAGAUUCUGAAAAUGAUGAUUCAUGGGAAUGGUUUUUUAAGAAAAUUAGAGAAACAUUCGGCAUGAGAGAGGGCAUGUGCAUAAUUUCCGAUAAACAUAAGAGUAUUGAAAAUGCAAUCGAAAAAAUUUACCCGGAAGCAAAUCAUGGCAUCUGUACUUACCAUCUCUUCAACAAUGUUAAGGAAAGAUAUAAAAGAGCAAAAGGUGAAAUAAGAGAACACUUUUUUGGGGCAGCAAAAGCAUACACACUUGAGCAGUUCAACAAGCACAUGGAAGAACUUGACAAAUAUGACCCAAAGAUAAGAGAGUACCUCACUGAUAUUGGUUUUAAAAAAUGGACGACACUCCAUUCCUCAAGUAAUAGGUAUUCAACAAUGACUUCCAACAUUGCCGAGUCUUUAAAUGCAACAAACAUAGCUGGAAGAGAACUGCUCAUAGCGACAAUGCUCGAGUUUUUACGUUCCCUUGUGCAAAAAUGGUCUCAUGAAAACAGAAAUUGUGCAAGAUUAUUAAAGACAGAUAUGACAAGGGUUGCUGAAGAAAUAUUGAAUGAAAACUACAUUCGAUCUCUGCAUCUGACGGUCACACCUGCAGCUGACAAUUUAUACACCGUCACAAAAACAAAAACUCCCUUCUCAGUGGAUUUGGAAAAAGGAACAUGCUGUUGCAGAAGAUUCCAAACAGAUAAAAUACCUUGUGCACAUGCAAUUGCUGUGAUUAGGAAAUACAACAAAGAUCCCUUGUUAUAUUGUUCUAAGUACUACAUGAAGGAGACAUACAUCAACACAUAUGGCAGCACUGUCUAUCCAAUGACAAAUAAGUCAACAUGGAAUACACCUCAAGAAGUUAAUGAUGUAAUCGUGUUGCCUCCUGAAUCAAGAACAAAGUCUGGCAGACCGAAGAAGAAACGCAUAUUGGCGGGAAAUGAAAAAAGAUUAAAAAACAAAUGCGCGGUUUGCAAGAAGAUAAGUUGUUGA